AUGGCCACCAGAACUCAAUUCCAAAACUCCAGUGAUAUUGGAGUCUUCUCCGUUCUCACCAAUGGAUAUGCUCUUGUUGCUCAAGGUACAAGUGCCAACUUUUAUUCAUCAUUCGAAACUGAAUUGAUUGAUCAUAUUCCAGUCAAUUAUGCAACCAUUGCUGGAUGUAGAAUUAUUGGUACAUUAUGUGCCGGCAACAAGAAAGGCUUGAUUGUUCCAUCCACAACCACCGAUCAAGAAUUACUACACUUGAGAAAUUGCUUACCUGAUACUGUGAAGGUCACUCGUGUUGAGGAAAGACUUUCCGCACUUGGAAAUUGUAUUGCUUGUAAUGAUUACGUUGCAUUGAUACAUAAAGAUAUGGAUAAGAAUACAGAAGAAAUUAUACAAGAUACUCUAGGAGUUGAGACAUUCCGUACUACAAUUAAUGGAAACCCACUCGUUGGAAGUUAUUGUGUGUUUAGUAAUCAAGGUGGUAUUGUUCACCCAAAGACUAGUGUGAAAGAACAAGACAAAUUAUCUCAACUUCUUCAAGUUCCUAUUGUGGCAGGUACAGUGAAUAGAGGUUCCGAAUCGAUAGGCGCAGGUUUGGUUGUGAAUGACUGGGCUGCAUUUUGUGGACUCAAUACAACAAGUACGGAAAUUAGUGUGAUUGAAAGUAUUUUCAAUUUGAGAGAUUCCAAGCCAGAAGCUGUCGUGACAGAUUUGAAGGACUCUCUCAUUGAUUCACUUUAA